CGAUCAGAGGCGUAUGCAAAUACUUAUGCCCCACAAUUCUGGCCUAUUCCUUGUGAGACGACGUGGAGGUCAUACAGAGGGCCUAAAAUCAUUCCUGAUGAGAUCAUGGUCCGAGGACACGGUCGCCCACCGUCGAAGCGUAUACGAAAUGAAAUGGAUGAGACAAACCGUCCACCAAGCAAAUGUAGUCGUUGCCGUCAGGAAGGACACAAUAAGAGAUCUUGCCCUUUUCGAACGGACGGUGACCGGUAGUGGUGUUAGUUUAUGUAUUAUUUUUAUACCAUGUUGUGUGUAUGUGUUCAAGUAGGAUGUAGCUGACUUUUUGUUUUACAUUGUACGCUGAACAGAGAUCAUGGAGGGACAGGAUCAGGGGCAGACACGACAUGACCCUGGACCAGCUGACCCUUCAGUGCUGACACUUCAGGAUACCCAUCGGAGCCGUGACAUAUGGGAGCAGAUAGUAAGUUUUCAUCUACCAAAUAUUUAUUGUGUUUGGCAUUUAUUUGGUUCACUGAUAAAACAAUUUAUUUUUUGUUCUUGUACAGGGUGAUCCAGCACGUUGCUUGGUUUGCAGGCACCACGUGGCCACCACGGUGGUAGAUUGGGUGGUCGACCCCCGUGUGCUACAGUACAUCGAUUUUGUGGGUUUCGGCGGAUUUCAUAGGAUGGCCUUCACACCGAUCGAUCGAGCGCUUAUUACUGCGCUCGUUGAGAGAUGGAGACAGGAGACUCACUCCUUCCAUCUACCAGUUGGGGAGGCCACCGUCACGCUCCGAGAUGUGGCGAUACUUACACGGCUCCCAGUGCAUGGUAGGGCAGUUACAGGACCGAUUAUACAGGACCCUCGUGGCCUUGUUGAGAGGGUGUUAGGGGUGAGGCCUGAGGCGACCGAUGUUAGAGGCACAGGGUUAAGACACAUAUGGUUACGAGAGACAUUUGGGGUGUUGCCUCCUGAUGAUGAUGAUGGGGUCGUCCAAAGAUACGCUCGAGCGUACCUGUUCAUGUUGAUAGGAUCAUUAUUCAGUAACAAGAAUGGUAGUCACAUACAGUUGAUCUACCUACAGCUGUUAGAGAACAACUGGGAGGGUAUACGUGACUAAAGCUGGGGUAGUGCGUGUCUGGCAACCUUAUAUCGACAUCUUUGCAGAGCAUCCCAGCGUAGUAGAUGGGAGAUCAGUGGUCCCUUGAUUGUGCUUCAGGUAGUCUUGUACUUUCAUACCAUUUUCUACCUAUUACGUACUAAACAUUGGCUAGACUAAACUUUUUUUUUUUAUUACAGUUAUGGGCUUGGGAGCACAUCCACGUUGGUAGGCCAGCUAUGCCUGCUAGGCGUCGACGCGAGGAGGGGGAGGAAGACGAUCAGGAGCAUGCAUAUGAGGCGCCGCCACACCCACCACCGGACUUAGCAUACGGUUGCCGGUAUGUAUGACUUAUUGUUAAGUUAUCCACAUAUGGUUUUAAUUUUCUAUUAAUUUUGUCAUGAACACUGUUAUUAUACAUGUAAUCAGGUGGCUAGGGCGGAGACUUACUCGUGUGCAUGCAGCAAGGGGUCUGUCGUAUUAUAGAGAUGCAUUCGACAGACUGAGCGAGUCUCAGGUUAUAGUUCACUUUAAAAACUAAUUUAACACCGUGUUCAUUAUUUUAAUAAGUUAAUUAUGAUGUUAACGACUGCUUGUUAAUGCAGAUGACGUGGGAUCCGUACGUCCCUCACUUAGUCGAUGCCAUGCCCCAAUAUCUUCUUGAUCACCAGAUGGAGUGGCGUGCCAUGACAGUGCUCAUCUGUUUUGAGUUGGUGGAGGCUCACCUCCCCGACAGAGUCAUGCGACAGUUCGGCCUUUGUCAAGCCAUCCCCGCCCCGUGUGACACGAGUGUCCAGUUGCACAGGACAGACCGACGAGGAAAGGGGGAGGUUAACUGGGCAGUUCAGCAUGCCCCUUACAUUGACAUGUGGGACCAGCGGCUGCAGCACGUCGCAGAUGGUGCGCCUGUCCAAGGCCUGAUGGAGUAUCACGAUCCAUACAUGGUAUGGUACAGGAGCAUUACCCGACGCUUCAUCAACCCUAACUACACCCCACCCUCAACGCAUUACCACCCAGCUUUUGGAGACAUCAGUGGAUAUGCGUCUGAUAUGCUUGCUAUACAUGACGCACUAGAAGUCUUGAGCAUAUCAUAUUUCACCAUACCGCAGUUGGAUGACAUUCACGCAAUGACUGUGAGUAGCUUACAGAGACAUGGUCAUGGCCAUCUUAUCCCCCAGGGCCGGGACCAAUCACACCGCCGUUCACACCGUGAGGUAGGCAGCAGUAGUAGGGGACAGACUCACACGUCCCCUAAAGGGUCCCCCCUGUUUUUUGAUGAUUAGGAAGAUAUCGCCAUCCACAUGUCUGCGCCAUACUCAUCUCAAGAAGGACCAUCUUCCAGCCAACAGACUCCUCCCCAGACCUCUGCCCCAGAUCCUUUCACAACGGUAUCUCAGUACUACCGUCGUAGAAGACCGCGAUUGGAUAGACAACACUUACAUACAAUAGAUGAAUCGGGAUCUUAGAACUUCUUUUGUUAGUUGUAAUCAGAUUCUAUAGUACAUUGUAUCCAAAUAAAUAUUAUCAAUUUUACUAACCUUUUUAGUUCA